GAUGCCAUCGGCUCUUAUGGCAAACGCUACGGUGCAGGACCUGGCAGACAUGUAAAGAGAUGUGGCAGCUCGAGGACAAUGCUGUUUUUUUAUCAGGAGACAUUUCCCCCGAAUGUACAGUCAACAUUGUACGGAAUAUGAACAUCACGUUACAUGGAGUCCUUUGAGAGGCAUGCCUUUUCUCCCACAACUGGCAGGCAGAUCCCCUGGACACUUCCUCCGGAGCCCCCCUGUUGGUCCCUAGACUCCACAGAGAAAGUCAUCCUCUAAGAAAUAACUUUUUGACUAUGCACUAAAAACUGGACUGGAAACUUUAACAAGAGUCAAGUUUACACAGUCAGCCAUGCCUAUCAGAAAAAAAGACACAGCUCGAGCCCUGGGGCUUUUGGAGGAGUACUGCACUAAACUGAAGAAGCCGGAGGAGCAGCAGCUAAAAACUGCCAUUCAGAGAGUGAUCGGAAUUUUCAAAAGCAACCUAUUUGAAGCUCUUCUUGAUAUUCAGGAGUUCUAUGAAGUGAUGUUGCUAAACACACAGAAGAGUUGUGACCAAAUGCUGGAAGAAGUCAACCACAUGGCAGACAAGUGGGAGCUUGCACACCCUGCCUGUCCAGUGGAGGAGCAGAUGGAGCAGAACAACUCAGACCCCAGCAGGAUGGAGCAAGGAGAGAAAAAUGCCAAUGAGAACAGGACACCAACAGUACAGGGGUCACUCCACAACGGCCAGCCCCCAAACUGCAUGAACCCUGCCUUGAUGAACACACCCUGGGUGAGAGAUUCAAGAUUCAAACAGUACCACUACCAAGAAGACGCCUCGCCACCUCUUGACCAGGGAUUCCCAUGCCUCACCAACGAGGUGUGCACCCCUGAGCUUGUGCACGUGUCCGAGAAGAACUUGUCUGAGAUUGAGAAUGUGCACGGCUAUGUGUCCCAUUCCCACAUCUCUCCUCUCAAGCCUGCACUGGUUACCUGUUUUGAUCUUGCGUACCCAAGUGUGACCACAGCAAACUACAUGGCCAGCCCAGCCCCGAUAAUUGUCAACACAGACACUUUGGAAUCAGUGCCUUAUGUCAAUGGCACAGAAAUUGAAUGCGAGUUUGAGGAAAUCACUCUAGAGCGGGGUAACUCAGGGUUGGGCUUUAGUAUCGCCGGAGGGGCCGAUAAUCCACACAUUGGUGAUGACCCUGGCAUCUUCAUUACCAAGAUAAUCCCUGGAGGUGCUGCGGCAGAGGAUGGACGUCUGAGAGUAAAUGACUGCAUCCUGCGGGUAAAUGAUGCAGAUGUUUCUGAAGUUUCUCACAGCAAGGCAGUAGAAGCCCUGAAGGUCGCAGGUUCUAUUGUGCGACUGUAUGUGCGUCGCCGCAGGCCAAUGCUAGAAACCAUCAUUGAGAUCAAACUAAUCAAAGGACCAAAAGGGCUGGGCUUCAGUAUUGCAGGUGGAGUUGGAAAUCAGCACAUCCCCAGUGACAACAGCAUAUAUGUCACCAAAAUCAUUGAUGGUGGUGCAGCACAGAAGGAUGGCCGGCUGCAAGUUGGAGAUAGAUUGUUAAUGGUAAACAACUACAGUCUGGAGGAAGUCUCUCAUGAAGAAGCUGUGACUAUAUUGAAGAACACAUCUGACGUGGUUUACUUGAAGGUGGGAAAGCCCACCAAUGUCUACCUAUCAGACCCCUAUGGAGCUCCUGAUAUCACACACUCUUUCUCUCCAGCCAUGGAAAAUCACAUCUCUUCCCCCAUCAACAGUGGCACUCUGGAGUACAAGUCUGGUCUCCCCCCAGUUUCCCCUGGCAGUUAUUCUCCCCUCUCUAAGCACUUACUGGGGGAAGAGGAUAUAAACAGGUUGGAUGGUUUUUCCUUCUUACGAAAUCCCUCGCUAGAUGAUGGGGAGGGUCACAGGUUUGAUCCCCAGCACUUCCAUAUGAGGCCUGCUGAGCCAGUUUACAGCACUGUGAACAAACUAUGUGACAAAGCACCUUCUCCCCGACACUAUUCCCCAGUGGAGAGUGAAAAAAGCUUCCUCCACUCCAUCCCCUUCCCAAACUAUCACUUAAGCCUGUUCCCUGACUUGGACAUCACCAGGGAACCCAGGAAGGUCGUGCUCCACAAAGGCUCCACAGGCCUUGGCUUCAACAUUGUGGGCGGUGAAGAUGGUGAGGGCAUAUUUGUCUCCUUCAUCCUGGCAGGCGGACCCGCUGACCUGAGUGGAGAGCUGCGGCGAGGUGACCAGAUCUUAUCGGUCAAUGGCAUUGACCUACGAGGAGCCACGCAUGAGCAAGCAGCCUCAGCACUGAAAGGAGCAGGACAGCUGGUUACCAUUAUUGCACAGUACAGACCAGAAGAGUAUGGGCGUUUUGAGGCCAAAAUCCAUGACCUGCGAGAACAGAUGAUGAAUCACAGUAUGAGCACUGGGUCAGGAUCCCUGCGAACCAAUCAAAAGAGAUCACUCUAUGUGAGGGCAUUGUUUGACUAUGAGAAGUCAAAGGACAGCGGCCUCCCCAGCCAGGGGCUCAGCUUCAGGUAUGGUGACAUCCUGCAUGUCAUCAAUGCCUCAGAUGAUGAGUGGUGGCAAGCCCGUCGUGUCAGGCCACAUGGGGACAGUGAGGAAAUGGGUGUCAUCCCCAGCAAGAGACGGGUGGAAAGGAAAGAGCGGGCGCGUCUAAAGACUGUGAAAUUCAAUGCCAGGCCAGGGUCCUUUGAUUCAAAAGGGGACAUCCUGGGAAUAAGUGAUGAUGGAUAUGGGACAAAGACAUCCAACAGGAUCGCAGCACCGCUGAAAGCGGCAAGACCCGCAGAGGUCACAGACUGGAGGCCACAGACUGGAGCAUCUUCAAAGGGGCCACAGAUGACUCCAUGAAUAUGCAGAUAAUGUGAGUGACUGCAUCAGCUGGUGCACAUCUAUAUGCGGAACAGCUAGAAGUGUGUGUGUUUUCCCCAACUAAAAACCAUGGUUUAAUAGGGAUAUAAAACAGAAAAUCAGGAAGAGACGAGAGGCUUUUAAGUCAGGGGACCAAGCGGAGUACAGGAAAGCCCGGUAUGAGCUACAGAAAUCCAUCAGAGCUGUAAAGGGAGCAUACUUUCAAAAACUGGAGAGCUACUAUAUGAAUGACAACACACGCAGUAUGUGGCAGGGAAUCAGGCAGUC